CCUCCGUUCCUUUUGGGUUUUGCGUGCCUCGUGGUUGUUGUGGCAUUUGCAGCCUUUUAAUAAUUUUUAAUUUUCCUUUUAAUUACACGUGUAAUACAAGGAAAAACAUCAAAAUGAGUUUGUAUAAUUUUAAGAAAAUAAUGGUGGUUCCGCCAGCAAAGGACUUUAUCGAUAUUAUGCUAUCCAAGACACAACGUAAGACCCCCACCGUUGUGCAUAAGGGCUACAAGAUUUCCCGUAUUCGUGCUUUUUACACACGCAAAGUGAAAUUCACCCAACAGAAUUUCCACGACCGUUUGUCACAGAUUAUUCAAGAUUUUCCCAAGCUGGAUGAUGUACAUCCCUUCUAUGCGGAUUUAAUGAAUGUGCUCUAUGACAAGGAUCAUUACAAAUUGGCUUUGGGUCAAUUGAAUACGGCCAGACAUUUAAUAGACAAUGUUGGCAAAGAUUAUGUGCGCUUGUUGAAAUAUGGCGAUUCCUUGUAUCGUUGCAAACAAUUGAAAAAGGCUGCCUUGGGUCGCAUGGCCACAAUUAUGAAGAGACAGGCAUCGAAUUUAACAUAUUUGGAACAAGUACGCCAACAUUUGUCACGUUUACCCACCAUUGAUCCUUACUCGCGUACUAUUAUCAUUUGCGGCUUCCCCAAUGUUGGCAAAUCUUCAUUCAUUAACAAGAUUACUCGAGCUGAUGUUGAGGUACAACCUUAUGCUUUCACCACAAAAUCUUUGUAUGUUGGCCACACGGACUACAAAUACUUGAGAUGGCAGGUAAUUGACACCCCUGGUAUUUUAGAUCAUCCCCUUGAAGAACGCAAUGUCAUUGAAAUGCAAGCCAUAACAGCUUUGGCUCAUUUGCGUUCUGCUGUUCUCUAUUUCAUGGACAUUUCUGAACAAUGUGGUCACUCUCUGGAAGAACAAGUAAAACUUUUUGAAAGCAUUAAACCCCUAUUUACAAAUAAACCUCUCAUCUUGGCCAUCAAUAAAAUCGACAUUAUUGGUUUGGACGAUUUGUCCGCAGAGAAGAGACAAGUCAUAGAAAAACUUCAAGAAGAUACGAGUGUACCUGUAUUGUUCCUAUCCACUGUCAAUGAGGCUGGAGUCAUGGAGGUGAAAAUGGAGGCUUGUGAGCGUUUGCUUUCCUACAGAGUGGACCAGAAGAUGCGCACUAAGAAGGUCGACAAUAUACUCAAUCGUUUGCAUGUGGCAAUGCCUGCGCCACGCGAUGACAAGGUCCGAGCUCCUUGCAUACCAGAACAAGCAUUGGCCAAGCUGGAAAAGAAUGCCACCAAGGCAGAACGCAAACGCAAACUGGAAAAAGAAAUCGAAGAAGAAAUGGGUGAUGACUACACUUUGGAUCUGCAAAAGAAUUACAGCGAAAUUGCCGAAGAGGAGCGCUACGAUGCCAUUCCUGAAUUCUGGGAAGGACACAAUAUUGCAGAUUACAUUGAUCCCGAUAUCUUUGAGAAAUUGGAAGAAUUGGAACGAGCCGAAGGUAUACGAGAGGAGGGUGGUGUCUACGAUAUACCCGACAUGUCUAUGGAUGAGACACUUAAAGAAAUUCGUGAAAUGGCCAAGAAAAUACGCACCAAACGUUUCCUUUUGCGCGAGGAGAAACGUCUACAGCCAAGAAAAAACAAGCCAAUCAUACCGCGCCACAAACAGCCCAAGGUGCGUGAUCGUUCGGUCAACAAAUUGGUGGAGACCAUGGAGAACCUGGGUGUCGAUAUGUCUGGAACUGAAAAUGCCAACUUCACUAAGGCUGUGGUUGACUUGCGUCGCGGUCAAAUUGCUGUGGGCUCCAAGAAAACUCUGAAGAAACCUUUGCUAGACAAAGAAUCCUCGGCUGUGGUCAAGAAGACUGGCCAGCCAUUGAAGCGCAAACCAGCUCGUGAUACCAUGGGCAUUAAGAAUGUGGCCAUGAAAAAGAAGGCCCAAAUUAUGGCCAAGAAAGAUAUUGCCAAGAAGGUUACACGUUUGGGUCUUAAGGGCGAGGCCGAUCGUUUCAUUGGUACCAAAAUGCCCAAACAUUUAUACGCUGGCAAGCGCGGUAGUGGUACUGCAGAUAGACGAUAAGUUUUAUGUUUCAGUUUUAGUUAAUUUUUUUUCUAUUUUUUGGGGGGUCAUUUCGCAUAGAUAGAGACGAAAAUAAAACACAAUGUCGGGAAGCUUCAACUUCAGCUUUAUUUUGAAGAAUUUUACAAAUUCUAAUUGUAAUAUGAAUUGAUAUGUAAAACUAACAACUAAGUUACAUAUAUACUACAUAUGUAUGUGUGUAUGACAUUGAAAACACAAAAUCUAA